GGCUGCGCGGCCCCAUGCACUGCAGCAGAAUGAUACAGAUCUUGGACCCGAGACCCUUGCCAAGCUCCAUCAUGCCCGUGGACGUGGCCAUGAGACUUUGCUUAGCCCAUUCUCCACCUCUGAAGAGUUUUCUUAGCCCCCUUGAGGACUGCCAAAGAAACAACUUUGUGAACAGAUUCAAACCUCUCAGACCAUGUCUUCACGUGAAACGUGACUCCGAAGCUCAGAAGAGCGACUGGAACCACUCAACAGCGCGAGCCAAGAAGCGAGUUGUGUUUGCAGACUCAAAGGGGCUGUCCCUGACAGCAAUACACACCUUCUCCGAGUUCCAGGAGCACCCUGGGUGGGAUCUUCAGUUUGACCUCUUAGGCAUUGAAAACAUAACGUCUGGCUUAAAGCUACAUGAGGAGAAAAACUUGAUUUUGGGUUUUCCUCGGCCCUCAGCUGACUACCUGGACUUCAGGAACCGCCUGCAGAAGAACUCGGUCUGCCUGGAGAACUGCACCCUGCAAGAGAAGGUGCUGUUGGGCACUGUAAAAGUAAAAAAUGUGAGCUUCGAAAAAAAGGUUCAGGUUCGAAUUACCUUUGAUACGUGGAAGACCUACACGGACGUUGAGUGUGUAUACAUGAACAAUGUUUACAGCGAUUCUGAAAAUGAUAUCUUCUCAUUUACCAUUGACUUGCCUCCUGCUAUUUCCUCUGAAGAGAAGAUAGAGUUUUGUAUUUCUUACCAAAGUGGAGAACAUACCUUCUGGGACAAUAACGAGGGUCAGAAUUACAAGAUUCUCCACACAGAGUGGAAGUCUGAUGGUGUUCAGAUACCAUCUGCCGAGAAAGACUGUGUAGAUCUUCAGACUCCAAGGAGAGGACAAGAGAGAGAGCCUGAUCAACUAGGCAGUCCAAGGCUGUCCAGUGGUCUCUUUCCUCAGUGGCAGAGCUUGGGUGGGAUUGAAAAUUCAUCACUAUAUUGGUGAUCAAUACUAGCGAGGAAGCAUUCUUCCAUUUGGCAACAGAACAGUGUUAGUUUUCUGGUUCACAUACUAUGCGACGAAGCCACCUGGCAGGUUUUGUUGGAUGUCUGAACAAAUCCAAAUUCACUAGUCUGUGGGACUUGUUAAACUGUAUUAUGCUACUGAAGUUUGUAGCCAAACCUUGUCCUUGGAAGGAAAGAAAGCCAAGAUAAAACUCAUGUGUAUGCCAACUACUAUAGAAAUAGCAUGCCCGUAUCUGAAGUAUAUGCUACUUGCUUUCUGCUGUCAACUCUCUUGAGUCACUAGGAGAGGGAAUCUUGUGAGGAAGCAUGGAAGGCGAUGGUAUCUUAGCAAGCUGUAGUAACUGCAUGUGUGAGAGUAUGUGUGCGUGCACAGGGACAUUACAUGAACAGAACAUCAUGAUUCAUUUUGCACCUAUUAGGAGUGCAGCAGAGAUGAGGUGAUGCUGUCAGGAUGGAGGCUUGCUAUGACCCUCUAUGUGCUUGUAGCAGAGACAGGUAGGAAUGCAUGGCUAGGAUUUGCAGCUUCAAUACAGGUUAAGAAGCUUGGAGAGGAUAAUGAAAAAGUGGGAAAAGGGGAAGAGGUAGGAUGUGCUGUAUAACUUGGAGAUGUACAAUGUUCUUAUUUCUUCUUUCCAAAGCUGGUUGUCUAAAUUCCAGAGAAAGUUCUAUGCGAUAAAAAGGAGAAUACCGAAAACAAGUGGUUUCACAUGCAGAGUGAGUGGUGGAAGUGACUGCCGCUUUGGGAAGACAUUCUGUCCUCGUUGGCUUUGUGAAUAAUAAGUGUCUUGCAUUUGAGAACAAACCUAACCUUGACUUCAUCAUCCUGCUCACUUAGCAGGCAGAUGGUUACCUUCUAAUGUUAAAAGAAGAACAUGCCUUUUAAAAAAAUUUUAAAACCACCCUACACACCAAAAAUAGGGUUAGGUGACAAAACAAAGUGAUUUGUAAACUUCCUAGUCUGUAGCAGCAUUAGAUGAUUUGACUUAUCACCUGAUCUAAUCUUACAGCAUCUGGUGGUCGAGUAUCCUGCUCCCUAUUGCAAAGUUAGCGAUGACAUUUCACAAGUGUGUAACAUAGGCAAGGUCCUUCAUAUUGAAGACUGAAUUAGCUGCACUUUGUGAAUGCUAAUUUCUUCAAAAGAGCAGGGUUGCUGCUAGUUUUUUCUAGACUGAAUAUAGGCUUGCACAUAAAUAGAAAACUGCUCUGUUUUAUUGUACCUCAUUUUUUUGAAGUUUUUUUUAGACUUCAGUAAACUAAUGUGUAUUUUGUAUCUGUAUGCUUAUAAUUUAGCUUUCUGAGCUGUCAGACUGUAAAGGUGAUCGGUGUUUUCUGCAAGAUUUGUGUGAGAAGUUGUCCAAUACAUACUCAGCAGGUGUGAAUACUGGCACACCUUUUAACUGUACAGAAUUGGUGUUAACAUCAAUAUAUACAUCACAUUUUUGCCCAUUGCUAAGAAGUAUAAUAUCCUGAGUCUGAAGCUACUUGCAAUGCAGCGAGAUGAUAAAUACUAAGGUGAAAUAAGCCUCUUCCACUAAUUGCACUUUUUCCCUACGUAACCCUUGCUGUUACAUGUAAACUAGCCAUUUUAAGAAUAAAUUGUAUUUUGAUACACCUGGUUUUUA